UGGCAAAACGGCGUCGCAUCAAAGAAAUUUAUCUUUUGUAAGCACAUCAGACGAGUCAGGAUGCGAGGCUGACAUGGCCGAGGGAGGUGGGGGGCCGGACGAGGACAGCGGGGACGCAGCAAUGUUAGCUGGAGCCACAACGGCGGCAUCUCUGACAACAACCGUCACCGGAAAUAACUUACCAACACAACAUCAACCAUUGAAUCUUAAAGCAGCUGAGGAUACCGAUCAUGAAACUAGCAGCAUAGGAUCACCAGAACCAGCAUCCACAAUGGGUAUGGAUUGUACAACAAAUACAGCAGCGACUACAAAUGGAUUAUUUUCACAAAAUCAUCAACAGCUAUUAAUGAUGAGUGCGGCAGCAGCCCUACAAAAUCGUGCCGCAAAUUUACGUUCUGAAAGUCCGAUGAGUGCGGAAACUGUGGAUCCAUCGAAAAUGGUUGCGGCAGCCGCAGCUCAUUUAAAUGGCACCAUGGCCAGCAUGGUAACAUUACAAAAUCUACAAAAUUUGGCAUCACUUCAACAAACAUUACCCCAAGUGUCUGCAUCGUUAGCAGCAAAUUUACAAAAUCUACCAACGGGAUUAACAACAUCCACAAAUAGUCCACCAAUAAAUGCUCCAUUAAAUUUAAGUGUGACUGCAUCAGCAAUCCCAACAACAAGUACAAACACCAGUCCGAAUGAUAUUCUAUCUCCGGCAUCGAUAAAACCAUCAACAUCACUUUUAGGGUCACCACAACAGACUGCGGCCACAGCUCCAACCAUGCCACAAUUUAUAUUGGCUUCGGGGCAAUUAGUACAUGGUAUUCAAGGGGCACAGCUAUUGAUUCCUACAUCACAAGGGAUUGCUACACAAACGAUAUUAACAAUACCGGUGAAUCAUGUGAAUAGUAAUGAUCAGAUGGUGAAUUUAGCUUUAAAUAAUGGCCAAGUGAUGACCACAUCCUUAGCAAAUUUACAAGCUAUGGCAGCGCCACAAUCGUUGUUAACAUCUGUUGCGAACACAGGUCCAACCACAACAAAUCCAAUAAAUAGCGGACUACUAAACCAUGCUGGUUCUUUACCGCAAUUAAUAAAUAAUAAUAAUUCAACAGCGACGGCUCAAAAAUUAUUGAGCGCCCUUCAACAACAACAACAACAACAGCAACAGCAACAAAGCCAAUCGCAAUCAACGCGAUUAAUACAAACCCCACCCCCAUCACAAUCGUUAUUAACGACUGUAGUGCCAUCUAGUCAACAUACUACACCAUUAUUACAUCAUUCAAAUCAUUCGGAAUCGGGCGAUAGUUGUUCAUCACCCGUACCACAAAAUUUAUCGCAACGAUCAUCAACGGCGACCAGCAACAAUCAAAAUAACAAUAAUUCGAAUCACACGUCAUCAAUGUAUCAUCAGCAUUCCGAAAAUUCUCGACAAAAUGGUGGUAGUGGGUCACCGAACUCUUCAUCGAUAUCAGCGGCAAUAAAUAGUAUAAAUCGUUUAACUGCGAAUAAUAGUGAGCUAACUAUAACAACAACACACGGGCCAACAUCGUCGAAUCAAUCGCACGGGGACCCUGGAUCAAUGAAAUUGUCACCGACUUCGAUGAAAAUGUCACCAUGUACGGAUACAUCGACGGCGGAUUUGUUAAUUGAUUCUCCAAAUCAACCAACGAUCAAUCAAACCAGCAGUAACGUUGUGGAUGGCAUCAAUUUGGAUGAAAUCAAAGAAUUCGCUAAAGCAUUUAAAUUACGUCGUUUGUCAUUAGGUCUAACACAAACACAAGUGGGUCAAGCACUCAGCAUAACCGAAGGACCCGCAUACAGUCAAAGUGCAAUAUGCAGUGCCCUGGCAACCCAGAUGUACUGCGCCGCGCAGUUGUCUUCGCAACAACAAGCAAUGUUUGAAAAACUUGAUAUUACGCCUAAGAGCGCACAGAAAAUUAAACCAGUUUUAGAACGGUGGAUGAAAGAGGCUGAAGAAAGAUACAAAAGUGGACAAAAUCAUUUAACGGAUUUCAUUGGUGUGGAACCAUCGAAGAAACGAAAACGGCGAACAUCAUUCACACCACAAGCGUUAGAAUUAUUAAAUGCACAUUUCGAACGAAAUACUCAUCCAUCAGGUACCGAAAUCACUGGAUUAGCACAUCAAUUAGGCUACGAACGUGAAGUGAUACGAAUAUGGUUUUGUAAUAAAAGACAAGCGUUAAAAAAUACAGUGCGAAUGAUGUCGAAAGGCAUGGUUUAA